CACCACCAGCAGCACUUACAUAAGCACCGUCAUCAUCAUCUUCAUCAUCGCCUCCAUCAGCAACUGCACCACCACCACCAUCACCUCUCCGUGCCAUGGAGCCGCCAGAAACAGUGUCCGAGCUGCGCCAGAGGCUACUGAAGGGCGUUAAGAAAGAGGUGAAGCAGAUCAUGGAGGAGGCUGUGACAAGGAAGUUUGUUCAUGAAGAUAGCAGCCACAUCAUCACAUUCUGUGCGUCCGUGGAGUCGUGCCUGCUGCACGGACUGCGGCGCCGCGCCGCCGGCUUCCUACGCAGCAACAAGGUGGCAGCGCUCUUCCUCAAGGUGGGCAAGAGCUUCCCGCCCGCCUCCGAGCUGUGCCGCCGGGUGCAAGAGAUGGAGCUGCUGGUGGAGAGCGGCAGCGAUUCGGUACAGAACUUCCUGAGCUCGUUGCACGCGUUGCCGCAGGAUCUUCACAACUUGGCCGUGGAUCCACUGUACAGGAGGGCGUCGGGCCGCGAGCCCAUGAAGCGGCAGACCAGCGCGCAGAAGGGGGCCAACCUGUCUCCCCAGGCAAUCCGCCACCUGUGGGUGCGCACGGCGCUCUUCGAGAAGGUGCUCGACAAGGUGGUGCUGUACCUCGUCGAGAACGCCAGCGUCUACUACGAGAAGGACGCCCUGCUCGCAGACCCCGUGGAAGGACAGCUGCUGGCCUCCUUGUUGGUGGGUCCGUGUGCGCUGGAGUACACGCGCAUGAAGACUGCAGACCACUACUGGACGGAUCCCUCCGCCCAGGAGCUCGUGCAGCGACACCGCAUCCACAGCCCUCGCGGUGGCCGGGCCGAGUCGCCCUCCAAGCGUCCAACGCUGCACAUCAAGAAGCGUCAGUCGAGCGCGGGCAGCGUGUCGGAGGACCGCCCGGUGACGGCCGCCCGCGACUACGUGGAGUCGCUGCACCAAAGCGCUCGCAACGUCCUCCUCUACGGCAAGAACAACGUCCUCGUGCAGCCGCGUGGGGACGUGGAGCCCGUGCCGGGAUACCUGUCCCUGCACCAGGCCGGCGAGCGUCUCACCCUCAAGUGGACCCCCAAUCAGCUGAUGAACGGCAGCAGCCCUGACCCCGAACACGAGAAAAACGUGUUGUGGGACUACGCCAUCACCGUUCACCUGGAGCACAUCGUCUACAUCCACUGCCACCAACAGCCGGAGAGCGGAGGCACCCUGGUGCUGGUGAGCCAGGAUGGCAUCCAGCGACCUCCCAUCCACUUCCCCCGCGGGGGGCACCUCCUCUCCUUCCUGUCGUGCCUGGAGAGCGGCUUGGCCCCACGCGGGCAACUCGACCCUCCCCUGUGUACACACAUGAGCACGGGCGCCGUGUUCCCGCCGCUGCGCAAGCGGCUCGGCAGGUCACACGCGAGCGAGGAGGACCCCUCGCCGUGCCCCCUCGACGGUGCCGCCGUGGCCGCGGGGGUCGCUUCCCACGACGGGGUCCCCGGCCACGGGGACAACGGGGCCCUCGCGCCCACGCUCGCCGACGACGGCGGCGGCGGAGGAGGAGGAGGUGGGGAAGAGGAUGAGGGGGCCGACGGCAACGUGGAGGACGAGGCGGGGUCGGCCGGCACCGACUACGUGUUCCGCAUCAUUUACCCCGGAUACCGCAACGACUUCAUCACCAUUAACUACCACCACUUAUCCAGCAGUUGCAUGGGCUCCCAGGCGGAAAGUAGCGAUGAGGAUGAUGAGGAUCAGGAUGAUGAUGUGGAUGAGAAGGUGUCGGACAGUUGGGGGGCAGCACCAGCCGCUAGGCAUGCUGGGAAGAGCGCCCAGGGGCGGCCUGUGCUGGCCAAUCGGCUUCUGGCCGCCUUGCUCCCAACUUUGCUCUGGCCGUUCCGACCUGCCCAACACGUGACCCCUAACCCCAGUAACUACCCUUCCUUUUCAACUAAGUUAUUUUUUUCGGUGUGCACUGAGCAAGCGUCCUUCUCCUUGGUUCGGUGUUUCGUUUUAAUUUGUGUUAUUUCUCAUAUCCUCGUGUCAAACGCAAAGUCGUGGAAGCCAAGUCUCUGUUCAGGCUAUCGUUGUUCCUCAAUUCGAGAAGCUCCGCUGGAAUGGCGGGUGAGGAUUAACGGUCGACUGGCGGUUGUUGUUUGUUUGUUUGUUGUUAUUGUCCCCGUGGCUUUGGGCUCAGUCUCGCAGGACCUGCUGGAAGUGCAGGCCUCUAACGUGGCCCUCGGCAGCCCCGGCCAGUGCCCGCCGCCGCCGCCGCCGCUCUGGCAGACGGGCGAGGCGAGCCCGAUGAGGCCGUACGCUCCCGUGCCUGGCGUGGCCUCGCCCGGCUCCCCCCCUCUGCCGCCCAACGCGGUGCCCGCCGCCUACCCCGCGCACAUCGCCGCCGAGAGGACUCCACUCAAGAGCCUCUGCGACAACAUGAGGAGACAAAUUCUCUCCCGCGCCUUCUUCGGCUGGCUCGCCUACUGCAGGCACCUGAGCACGGUGCGCACGCACCUGUCCGCGCUGGUGAACACCGACAUUGUGCCGGCGGAUCGGCCAUGCGACGCCAGCAACGGCCUCACCCGGCAGCUCUGGGCUGCCAUGGAGGCCGGCACGGAGGAGGUGAGCGAGACGGAGAUGGUGAGGUUGGUGUACUACGGCGGAGUGGAUCCCUCCGUCCGGCACCACGUCUGGCCAUACCUUCUCGGCCACUACCAGCUGGGAAUGACGGCAAGCGAGAAGCAGCAGGUGGACGAGGACACGCGCGCACGCUUCGAGGACACGAGCGCCGUGUGGCGCGCGUGCCAGGCGGCUGUGCAGGCGCGCGAACGCGAGCGGGAGGCGCUGGGCGGCCACGGGAGGCACGCGUCCGGCACGCGCGCCGCGGGCUCCGCCGGCAGCCCGGGCGGCGCCACCGGCGGCCCGGGCGGCGGCGCCGGCGGAGCGGUGCAGGGAGUGACGGCGAGGAGUCGCGCCGCGUCCUCGCUGGCGGCGCUCGGCCGCCUCUCGAGCUCGGCGGGGAGCCUGGAGGCGCGGCUCCUCCGCUUCGGCGCGUUCGGCUCGAGCGUCAGCAGCGAGUCGAGCGUGCACCCGUGCCUGCCUACUGGCUGCAGUGUGAGCGCCCAGGUGUUUGAGUCGGUAGACGAAGUGGAGACACACGCAGGCCCCGAGGCGUCCACAGCGCUGCAGGAGUGCCUGCCGGACCUGCAGCUCCCUUACGCACCCGGCGAGGACCCCCAGCCCGGCCUGGAGACGCAAGACUCGACCGAUACGCAUGGCACGGGCAGCCACGCGGAGGCGGGGGGCAGCCCGUGGGAGCCCGAGGAGCAAGGCAUGCUGGGGGGCGCGGACGAAGCCGGUUGCCACGGCGAUGGCGAGGCAGUGCCGAGCCCUGGCUUGGGGUCGCCGCCGUCUCAGCCAGAGCCCGACAGCGCGGUUGGAGAUUACACGCAAGAAGAGCUGGACAUGUACGCUAUGAACUUCCAUCGCAUCGACAAGGAUGUUCAUCGGUGUGACCGCAACUUCUGGUUCUUCACUGCGGGGAACCUGGAGCGGCUCCGCAGGAUAAUGUGCAGCUACGUGUGGGAGCACCUGGACGUGGGCUACGUGCAGGGCAUGUGUGACCUCCUCGCGCCGCUCCUCGUCAUCCUGGACGACGAGGUGCUGGCCUACAGCUGUUUCAGCCAGCUCAUGAAGAGGAUGAUCCAGAACUUCCCCCAGGGCGGAGCCAUGGACAACCACUUUGCCAAUAUGCGCUCGCUCAUCCAGAUUUUGGAUUCGGAGAUAUUCGAGCUGAUGCAUCGCAAUGGAGACUACACUCACUUCUUCUUUUGCUACCGCUGGUUCCUGCUGGACUUCAAGCGAGAGCUGGUGUACGAGGACGUCUUCGCGGUGUGGGAGGCCAUCUGGGCGGCCCGGCGCGUCUCCUCCGAGCACUUCGUCCUCUUCCUGGCGCUGGCGCUGGUGGCACGCUACCGGGACAUCAUCCUCGAGAACAACAUGGACUUCACGGACAUCAUCCGCUUUUUCAACGAGAUGGCGGAACGGCACGACGCCCGGCAGCUGCUGGCAGGGGCGCGCGAGUUGGUGCACCGCGUGCAGGCGCUCAUCGAGAACAAGUGAAGCGCGACCCGGUGCCGGCAGCACCAGCAGCAACCGCCCCCACUCGCCACCCACUGCCACCACCGCUGACACCACCACCACCGAGCAGCCGCCUCGUGGGUGCUGCUGCUGCUGCUGCUGCCCCAGGGCGUCCGGGGGUCAAACGCCAAACCGGGGACAAAAACUCUGCCGUCGGAUCCUGCAGGUUUCUCCCAGUGGCCUCACACAAACACGAGGCAGCACCUCAACCACCGGUGGUGUGCAGAUCGGGUGCAUUGCUUUUGGAUAUUUUGCUCGAAUCUGUAUAAUCAUUUAAUGAGAAUAUGAUUAUACAGCCCAGCGUUACCGCUACCGUUUACAUCUCGUGGGUUAAUCCGCGAAUUUCCACUCUCAAGAACAUUCCAAAGUUAUUUUUUUUUUUGCUCAGUAACACCCCCCCCCUCGUCCCUUUUUACCCCACUGCCUUCAAAACAUUCCUUUCACACACGACGCAAAUGUACACGUUCGUGUGUGUGUCGUUAUUUUGGUUUGAUAGUUUUUGUAUAAUUAUUAUUAUUUACGCCCCCUCAGGCCCCAGCCUUGGCCCACACUCUUGUGCACCACCCCCCCCCCUCCCCCAAUACCCUUAGCAAUGCCACCGAGGCCCCGAUAGUGGCAAUGCAACAAGGAGCCAGGGGGUCUUUGUCAGCAGGGCCCAUAGCUCAGACGGGACAAGAAUGCACUGUGUGCUCCAAUUUUCCCGCUGGAGGCUACUACAAACGAGACCUUUUAACGCCCAGGCCCGAGACCUCUUUACGGAGGGCCACGCUCUGGGCCAAGUUUAUUAACGUGGGUCGGGGCUUACGCUCGGAGGGACCCCCCCCCCCCGCAGGGGAUUCUGCGCCGGUGUGGUGGCGGCGCUCCUCCAGUACGCCCGCCGGGGCCUUCGCGACGAGGAGCGGACCUCGCCUUGCCCACGGCUGGCCUGCGCCUGGCCACUCGCCGGCACCACCGUGGUUGACGUGCCGGCAUUGUUGGGUUUUCACUGCAGCUCAGGUUGGGGGGGUGGGGGGGGCAGCACCAAUUAAAGAGCUGGAGCUGCGCACGCCGUAGACGGUGCCGCUCGUCCAUGCCACGGCCGCUCACACGCCCUCUUGCUCGCUCGAUCCAGGGAUGUGGCUCAGGUCACGCUGACCACCGACGCUCACGCACCUCCGAUUAGCACGGUUGGCUGCGUACGAUGCGAAAGACGUCCAACAUGCACACGUACAUACUCUACACGGACACUCAGCCUAUGCCCGGCGCAUCCUACGUCCCCCCCCCCCCCCAAUCUACCCAUCCGAGCCUAAUGCCCACGCACGCACGACCGCAGAGACCACGAAAGUUUCUUAACGUGAACACGCAAAGCUCACUACGGCCAAGUACCGCUCACCGGACUCGCCGCGUGUGCGACGACGAUGCUGGUUUGCACAACUCACUCGGUGCUGGUGUCUCUCAGCUGUGCGUCGCGACGGUCGCGUCUCACGGACGUGGACGGUGUUGGGCCGAGAGAGAGACGCCGGCUUCGCAGGUGCGUGGGUCGGUUCUCCUGGGUUUGGAAGCACGAGGGGGCGGUUCCCUUUUGCGGGGCCCUUUGUAACUCUAUCCUCAGCCCCGGCCACUCCUGUCCCGUUAAUUUGACACACGCUUGAGUGCGAGGGCUCAAAUCUCUUCGAACUCGUCGUUCCCCGUUUGCUGUUUAAGCUCCGCUCCCCGACCUGUCCAUGACUACAAUCUCCCAAAGGUUUCUGCCAAUCAAUGGGAGAGACCCUCUUCCCUUCAACUAACAGAGCUCCCCUGCUGCUGUCCGGGAUUAGCUGAGCCGUUGCUACACCACCCUGCACUCACAGCCCAUCCUCGCCACCGCAAAGGGCAAACCAAGGGCAGUGACCAUGCGUCACACCGCGUAGUCUUGUCAUUUGUACGACCACCAGCUUCCCUGGAGGUGGCUUUGUGCCAAGCUCACCAUAUCACUGGGUCGGGUGGCCUUCCCCCCCCCCCCACUGCCCUUCAAACGUUGCCAAUAUUUGUCCACCCAAAGGAAGCCCUUGGCCAAGGCCACCUGCUAGGAUGCCCAGGGAGGAAAGCCUAGGGUUGGUAGAGAGGUCUGAUGCCAGGGCUAUUCUAAGGGUAACCCACCCCUUUCCCCCGCGAUGUGAGCAGUGUGCAGUGCUGGGUCGCGUUGACACUGGGCUGCUGCUUUGUAGGUCAGCGUCACGCGCAUGUCACGAGGCUUGUCCUAACCUUAGCCUCGUGCCGCGAUCUUCGGCCUGGACUUCAUGGUCUAGUGCGACAGGUCUCAGGCCUUGGCGUAGUGGUCUAGCGUGGGAAGCCUCCGCUUUUCCCUUCUCUUAGAAGAGGCUUCGACCUCAUGUUUGGCUUCGUGUAAUCUGCCUCAGCCUUGUCCUCAGCCUAUUGUGAAAGGUUUUGACCUUUUUCUUGGCCUUGAUUUAAAAAAAAAAACACAGCUCUGUCCUCCAGUACCCAGGCCUUGAGCAUAGACGGAAGUGCGUACGAUGGGAUCUCAGUUCCAUUUCACAGAGCACGCGAUGCCCACAAUUACAGAAUAUGAAGGACCGGUCCACACAAAGAGGAUCUGUUGGGGACGUGAGAGCGCGUGCCUAUUUGUGGAGCCAAACGCCGCAAUGUUAAGCAAAGGGAAGCACAUCAACAUUCCACUCUUAUUAUUAUUAUUGUUCGCUUUCGGGCGAUGAUGGUAUUUAAAAAAUAUAUAUAUUAGAAUAUAUACCAUAGUUGUUUAUUGGAAGUUUAAAAAGAAAAGUUAUCUUUAUAAUGCGCACUGUGAAACUACAAAUUCCAUGCGUUUUGAGCGAUGGCCCACACCGCAGUUUUGCGAGGGGGGCGUAACUUUUUUGCGAGGUUCCGAGUGGCCUCCGUGACCUGCGUGACCUUUGUCAGAGAGCGACGCGGGGAGGGCACAACUGAAUCCCUGACUUCAUGGCUGGCCAAAUGUAGACAAGAGUCUUUGAAAAGGACUAUGCUGUGAAUGUGCAACCGAAGUGGAUUAAAGCGAGGAUAUGCGUGUGGAAAGAAAAUUGGGCAUUUAAUCUGAAGAGGCUAGGUUAAG